AAGUUUAGAAAAGAGCUUUGCUUCAGUACUAGGGUGAAUUGAAAUUUGAGGGCUACAGACCACCUUUCUUCCUCAUUGGUAAAAUAGAGGUAAAAAUACCGAUUUUGCCUGACAUGGUGGUUUACCCCUGUAAACUCUAACAGUAGGUUGAGACAGGAGGAUCAAGAGAGUUGGAGGUCACCAGGGCUAGAGUGUGAACUUCUGUCUCAAAAACAAAAAUCAAGCCCAUUUUGUAAAGUUGUUUGAAGAUAACCAGCAUUACAGUUCUUAACAUGUGUUGUUCAAACAUGCUACACACGGUAGGAAAUGGCUUUAUCUUCUGGUCAUCUUUGACCUUGGGGAAGCCUGGCCCUUUAAGACAGCGCCGCCCCAGCCUCCAGCGCGCGUCUCCUGCCCCGCCCCGUCUCUCGGGUUUGGAGGCGGGACCUUCAAACCCGGAACUGAAGGCCUUGCGUCUCCCGCGCGGCCAAUCGGCGUCCCGGAAGGAGCGAGCUGAAGCAACUGAGCCAGUGAAUGACAGCAGCGCCGCCCGCCGGUCGCGGCCGUAGCCCCGCCGGUGUCGCGAGCCUUCUGUCAACGCGCCCCUCUGGAAGGCGAGUGGCGGCGUGCCUUCGCGCCGCGCCUCCUCGCGUAUCUGUGGUCCAGCGGGGUCUCCCCACUCUCCCCGGCCCCUUCCCCGCUGUCCCUUUGCUGCUGGCGCCAUGGGCAGCGAGCAGAGCGCGGAGGCCGAGAGCCGCCCCGGCGAUCUGAACGCUUCAGUGACUCCAUCUCCGGCUAAACAUCGGGCCAAGAUGGAUGAUAUCGUGGUGGUAGCUCAGGGCUCUCAGGCCUCAAGGAAUGUCAGCAAUGAUCCUGAUGUCAUCAAGCUGCAAGAGAUUCCAACCUUCCAGCCCCUUUUAAAAGGGCUCUUGAGCGGACAGACGUCCCCAACAAACGCCAGGCUGGAGAAGCUGGACUCUCAGCAGGUGCUGCAGCUCUGCCUCCGGUACCAAGACCACCUGCACCAGUGCGCAGAGGCCGUCGCUUUCGACCAGAAUGCUCUGGUCAAGCGAAUCAAAGAGAUGGAUCUGUCCGUGGAAACCCUCUUUUGCUUCAUGCAGGAGCGCCAGAAAAGAUACGCCAAGUACGCCGAGCAGAUCCAGAAGGUGAACGAGAUGUCGGCCAUCCUGCGCCGUAUCCAGAUGGGCAUAGACCAGACGGUGCCACUCAUGGAGAGGCUCAACAGCAUGCUGCCAGAGGCUGAGCGCCUGGAGCCCUUCAGCAUGAGGCCUGAGCGGGAGCGCCACUAGCCGGCACCUGCCCCUCAGGCGCAGGUCCUCCAGCCUUCGCCUGGCCCGGAUGAUGGCCUAGAUGUGUUUGACCCACAUGGACGUUCCCAUGAGAACUGAAGUUGGGACAGUUGAAUUCCUGGGAAUUCUGUAAGGAACUUUGCAUCAAGAGUUAUUUUUAUUUUGCUCAGAUUUUUUUGAAUUAAAAGUGUAGUCUAGCUACUGCA